CCCUCCCCCAAGACAACAAAAAGGAGAGAGGAAUGCAGAGAUUCUAUUUCUGUAGUUCAGUCCUUCAUAUCUACUCACUGCGUUUCUGACAUUGAAUCUCUCUUGAAAGGUUGGAUCUUUAAGGGAAAAGAGAUGAGUUCAGAUUAUUCCUUUCUGUACUAGAGAAAUCUUACAUGAAUUAAUAGCGGUCUUUUAGAUGGCGACUGGUAGAAAUUUUAUGGAUUAUUUUGAAAUUGAUGUGAUCUCCAAUGUUCUGGGAUUCUUGAAUAAUCCAGCUGAUCUUAUCCGUGCCAGUGCAGUUUCGCGCUCUUGGCGCCAUCAUGUGGUUGCAAAUGGCCUUUGCAAAAAGCUUUGGUUGAGAAAGUUUCCUCAAGUUACCAAUGUUGCCUAUGCAGUUGAAGACAGUGACGGAAUAACUAAACUUUCAAAUAUUUCAUCAGGAAGUCCCGCAAACUGGGAGGCUCUCAAGAGGGAUCAUAAAAUCUACUCUUUUCUAUUACAGCCUCUAGCAAAGCCAAUAAUUUCUCCCAAGGACUGCUUAGGAUUUCCAAUUGGUGCUUCCAGUACGGAUCAUGAUCUAGCUGAAAAUGUUAUUAAUACUCUGACACCAAUUGACAGAUAUCCCGGCGGUGCUUCAUACUGGUCUAGCAAAGGAGAGAAGGACCCUAAUGUGCCUGAGAAUAUAUUGUACAGACUAAACACUAGUAUCUCAAUUGUGACUGAAGUCCAUAUACGACCCUUUCAAGCAUUUUGGGAGCCUGGAAGGCCUGUUUACUCACCGAAGUCAGUGCGGUUUCGGUUGGGUCGUCCGAAAUCCAUGGUAGAUGUGGAGAUUGAUGUCUGCCCAGUUCAACAGCCUUCUGUUGACAAGUAUAUAUGGACAUAUACUUCACCAGUGUUCCCUAUGGCACAGGAAUCAUGCUUGCAACAAUUCAAGCUACCAGAACCUGUUGUUUGCGUGGGUGGAAUCUUUCAGAUUGAACUGUUUGGCAGGGCUCGGAGAGGUCCAAUAGAUGGACUGUUCUACAUAUGUUUGGGUUACAUUAGAGUCCUGGGGCAUUCCCUUGAGCCGGCAUUCAACCUUGAGAUGUAUCCAUCAGGAGAGCUGCAGCUGAAGUAUUAUCCUCAUGCUCUUGAAGUUCUUCAUCGAAGCUUUUCUGGUGAACGUUCUUCAUCUGUAGACGAAGCAGAGAGUGAAAGGCUGCUGCACAGGGCGGAGUUGCUGCUGGAGGAGAUGGCUGAGGAGGUACUUGAUGAAUGGGAUUAAGCUGAGGAUGGGUAUUAAAUAAAGGUCCUUAUUCUGUAAGGCGAACUAGUUUGAUGCACUGGUUUAUGUCCAGUUCUUGCUGCAUGUAUGUUGAAACAAUACUAGCUACAAAAUACUAAAACGUAUGAGGGUGUCUCAAUACUUUUUAUAUUUAUAAUUUAUGGUUUACUUGUUACCAAGUAUUUCUUCA